UCAGGGCGUCUGCAAACUUGUUGCGCUCUAAGAAGCAACAGUAGUAAACCCAGAGAUCAGCUCUCCUUACAGCUGUCUGUAAAUUUAGAGCCUCUGAACUCUGUCAGAGUGGGAAACAGACAACUGGGAACAAACAGGAGACAUGGAGCCUAGAUACAGUCCCAGCCUUUGCUUUGGAAGCUGCACUAAAUGCGGUGAACCAGUGUAUGUCACAGAAGGAGCCUGCAGAGCGAUGGGACAUUUAUUCCACAACACAUGCUUCACCUGCAGCAUUUGCAGCAAACAACUAAAAGGACAGCCAUUUUUCACAGUAUCAGGACACGUAUACUGUGAAGAUGAUUUUUUGUUUUCUGGAGUUCACCCAUCUGAAGAAGUGUGUAACAGUUGCGGAUGUUCAAUCACAGAUUUGACAGGAGCUGCAGGGUCAGCCCUUCGCUGUGGACUCAGACUGCAAGGUUUACUGCAUCACCGACUAUCACAGGGUCCAGUCUCCUCUUUGUUAUGCCUGCACAAAGCCGAUACUCCCAACACAGACUCCAUCCCAUGGUCCAUGGCCUUAAAGGACAGCUCGGUGCUGUGGUCUCUUGUUGUGGAUCUGUCCCUGUUGGCUCUCUUUACGGCACAACACAGCCUGCUGGCUUGGUCCCCGGUCAAACAGGCCCUACAGUCGGUAACGGGGGCCCUGAACAGGACAGCAUACUGCUUUACUACAGCUCUCGCUCUUCAGAUUAUGAUGCGUUACUGGCAACCAGUGACUGGCGCCCCCUGCCUGUGGUCAGUGCGUCAUGCACCCUGGAGUAUAUGGUUUCCUCUACUCUGCUUUUCUCUGCACUUCCUCUGCUGGGCCAUUAUCUGCAGCAUCCUCGUCAUUUUUGAUUAUCCAGAACUACUGGGUAUUAAGCAGGUUUACUAUAAGUGCCUUGGUAUGGGGGAUCCUUUCUCCCAGAAGCCACUGCCUGCUCAGCGCCUCCUGUCCCACCUCCGCCACCCUGUGUGCCUGGAGCUGGUCGUCAUCCUGUGGCUGCUGCCGGCCUUAUCCCUGGACAGACUGCUGCUGGCCGGGACGCUGUCAGCCUACCUGGCUCUGGCACACUCUCUGGACAAACAAGAUUUAGCCUACCUCUGUGCUCGGCUUAAAGACAAGGUGCAGCUCUUUGCCGAGCCACAGCAAGGCAGUGUGGAGCAGAACGGCAGAAACCACAAAGAGAAGGGAGGUUAAUGCAGUCUCACUGCUUUGAUCUAAGGAUGACUUGAUGUGUGCAAGAUUUGUUUCAAUGCUGGAUAUGACCACAGCGGUUCUGUCAUCUUUUUUGUUUACCGCAUACUUUGUUUAACAGCAUUGUCUUAAUGAGAUUUCACUCUGGGAUUAUUAUCUGUUUAUUACUGUUGGAUGUAAGAAAAGGACAUCAUGUUGCAUUUCUGAUACUGUAAAUAUAUAUCAUUUUUUUGUAACUUGAAUAAACUGGGGAAAGACUAUAGGUCUAGAUAAUUCAAGCAAGUUAGUAUUAUGUCAUUUAAAGGGGUGAUGAGCACAUUUUUGGUAAUAAUUAGUCUACCAUUACAUACAGUAUUUUUAACACCAGGUGAAAUAAAUAUUUUAAUGCAAGAUGUUCUUUCUUCUUACCUUUUUUCAAAUAUUUCUUGGUUGCAUUCUUUUAUAGAACUGUUUAUGCUUCACUGUUUUUAUAAAUAAAUUAUAAAGGUAACAGGGUGGUAAUCAAUAUGGAUUUUCUCAGGAGAAAAGAAAUGUGCCUAUUUCAAAUUUUGCACUAAAUGUGUCUUAUAAA